AUGGAGAAAGAAGUGAGAGGUUUUCUAGGACAUUUGCAAUACAUCAGCAGGUUCAUUUCUAAGCUUAUAAUGGUUUAUGAUCCUAUCUUUAAGCUUUUGAGGAAGCAUCAACCCAUUGUGUGGGAUGAACAUUGUCAAAAGACCUUCAAUAGAAUCAAAGAGUAUCUGAUGAAGCCACCAGUACUAAAGCCACCGAAGGAUGGCAAGCCAUUGAUCCUAUACUUAGCCUUGGAAGAGGAAGCCAUAGGGGCAAUGGUAGCACAGUGUGGACCUAAUGAUGUGGAGCAUGCUAUCUUUUACCUCAGUAAGAAGUUGUUGCCUUAUGAGUCGAAGUAUAAUCUCGUGAAAAAGAUGUGCCUAGCUAUGAUAUGGGCUACAAGGAAGUUGAGGCAAUACUUUCAAUCUUAUAAAGUGUAG